CUCAGAGCCAUGGGGAGCCGGGGUCCUGGUGGGCUGCCCCUGGUGCAGGCCCCCUACACGGUUCUGCUGCUGCCACUGGAGACAAGCCGCCAAGACCCAGGGGCCCAGCGCUUCUUCCUCUGGCUGCAGAGGAUGCAGGCUCUGGAGCGGGAACAGGAUGCCCUGUGGCAGGGGCUGGAGCUGCUGGAGCAUAGCCAGGCCUGGUAUGAGGGCCGUCUGAGGGAGGCCCAGCAACAGCAGCUAUAUCUGGGGGCCCUUGGUGAGAAUUUUCCAACAGAUUUACACUCAGAGCCUGGUGGCCCCCAGUUAGCCCAUAUUCAAAAGGUGAACAUCUGUUUGCAGAACCUGAUUCAGGGGAAGUUCUCCCCGCAUCCCCUGAACAAAGCUAGUUCCUGCGCCACCCAGGACUGGAAGGGAAGGCCAAGGAAGCAGAACGUGUGGCAGCAACAUGUGGUGUCAAGGCAGCAGAAAGGAGUCACUCAGCCAAAGGGGGAGAUGGCUCAGCCAGGGUGCCCCAGUGGACGGAGGGGCCCUACCCGUGUCUAAGGUCUCCUCUGGUUCCCCUCAGUUGUGCUGGC